AAAAUUCAAAACCAAAAUCUCCAAUCACCCUCUUGAUUCUUGAAUAUGAGUAUGACUUCUCUCUAUGAGGCUCUUCCUAUUAAUUUGAUUCCCUACCAGCCUGCCAUUUCAUUUUCUUAAUCUCUCUCUCUCUCUCUCUUUCUUCUCAUAAUCCAGCUUCCCAUUUCCUAGAAUUCAUAUUCUAAGCCUCCUCUCCUGUUGCUGACAAUUCAGAAAGGACUGUCACUGCACAAAACUUUGCUCCACUUUUAUAAAAGUUUUUUUCCAGCACUGAAGAUAUUGAUUGGACUCCACAUGGGGAGACAAUCUUGCUGUUACAAGCAGAAACUAAGGAAAGGCCUGUGGUCUCCUGAGGAAGAUGAGAAACUUCUGAAUUAUAUUACCAAGCAUGGACAUGGGUGUUGGAGUUCUGUCCCUAAACUUGCAGGCUUGCAAAGGUGUGGCAAGAGCUGCAGGUUAAGGUGGAUUAACUACCUGAGGCCUGAUUUAAAGCGAGGAGCAUUCUCUCAGCAGGAAGAGAAUCUGAUCAUUGAACUCCAUGCAGUUCUUGGCAACAGGUGGUCUCAGAUUGCAGCUCAGUUACCAGGAAGAACUGAUAAUGAGAUUAAAAACUUAUGGAAUUCUUGCCUUAAGAAGAAGCUUAGGCAAAGAGGCAUUGACCCCAACACUCACAAACCACUUUCUGAGCUUGAGAAUGAAAAAGACAUGCUACCAACAACCAACAAAAGCAAUGAGAAAACCUCUAUAGGAUCCAAUGAACAAAAUCUCAUCGGGGCAAAAAAUCCAAAGCCACCUCCAAUGGCUGCAGAAAGAUACACACUUGAUGCUUCUUCAAGCUCAAAGUUUGAAAACAGCAGUGGCAGCAACAAUAGUUUGACAACCACUCCAGCUACACAGGAAUUCUUCCUAGAUAGGUUUGGUGGUAGUGGUACUUCCCAUGAAACCUCAAGCACCAGUUGCAGGCCUUCUGAUUUGGUGGGGUAUUUCUCUUUUCAGCACUUGAAUUAUGGGCCUGAUAUAAGGCUUUCUGUACACCCCAAUACUUCUCUAUGCUUCAAUCCUAAUUCCAGGUCUUCUGAAAUGAUUUCUGACUAUAAUUCUAGUAUGACUUCCUCAAUGCUCCAUUCCAUGUCAAGCUCAAUUGUAAAACCUUCUGUAAGCCUUCCCUCAGACAACAAUCCUUCCUUAGGCUCUGGUGAUGUCAAUGGAAUACACAACUGGGAAAGUAGUACUUUCAGUAACAACUGCAGCAACAGCAAUGGAAGCAGUAGUAGUAUGGAAUUGCAAAGCAGCAGUAACUUCUUUGAGAACCAUGCUUUCUCUUGGGGACUGACAGAUCAUGUAAAAUCUGAUAAAGACCAUGCUCAUCCCUUAGAAGGUGAUACUGAAGACAUCAAAUGGUCUGAAUAUCUCCAUACACCAUUUCUGAUGGGAACCGCACUACAGAAUCAAAUCUCUCAACCUAUGUGCAGUGAGAUUAAACCAGAAACCGGCUUCAUGACAGACGGGUCAAGUACUAGUUGGCAUCAUAACCAGCAUCAACAGGCUUUGCCAGCUUCAGAUAUAUAUACCAAGGAUCUCCAGAGACUUGCUGUAGCUUUCGGACAAACCCUUUAGCAUGUACUUAAUAUGCGAGUUGUGACACCCUCUUAAUAUAAGAGAGGAGAGGGGUCACAAAGUUCAGUUUGAGAUGGAGCUUGGAGAAGGAUGGUUUUCUGGUUACUGGUGUGUGCUAUAGACAUUUUCUUUUGAGUUGUAAAUGUGUCUGAUACAAAUCUUUCUAGCCUUUUGUUUUACAAAAAUAUUUGUGAUUUAUUUGAGCUUAUGUUAUAUGCUUUUUCCAUUAAACACAGUAGAGAUACUGAAUAAGGCUUGUUGCUGGCUCUUCUGUUUAUAUCCUUAAUUUGGAUUCACAUGAUGUAAGUUCAUUUAUCAACAAUAAAAAGCUCUUAAUAUA